AUGGGCAAGGCGAUCGAGGACCAGUUCUUCGCCCAGCAAGCGGACUUCGCCCGGGCGUCAGCCGUGGCUGAGGAGUCGCUGAUGGCUAUCCGCACGGUGGCUGCCUUUGGGGCCGAAGAGGCCGAGUCCGCGCGAUUCGAGAAGGAGCUGCUGUCGGCGAAGAUCGGCGGUAUCCGCUCCGGCGUCAAGAUCGGCGGUGCUUGGGGCGGCCUGAACUUCUUCUACUCCUGCCUCUACGGGCUGGCACUCUGGUUCGGUGGCCACGUCCUGCUCUCGGACGAAAGCCUUGGCUUUGAGGCCACCGACAUCGUCACCGUCAUGAUCUCCAUGAUGGUCGGCGUAUCAGGGCUCAGCUCAUUCAGCGGGUUCGCCCCGGUGAUGGCGAAAGCCUACGUUUCGGCGAAGUCGAUGAAGCAGGUGAUGACCGCAGAGUCGCGCACCAUCGAGCGUCCGCUCUACACGCGCGAAGAAGUGCCGGAGCACCUGAGCACAGUCGAGAGCGUGGAGUUCCGGCACGUGUGCUUCAGGUACCCGACACGACCCGAGAAGAUGGUUCUCAACAAUCUCAGCUUUCGGGUGGAGAAAGGUCAGAAGAUUGCUUUCGCUGGGGAAAGCGGGUGUGGCAAGAGCACGACCAUCCAGCUCCUGGAGCGCUUCUACGACCCGCAUUCGGGUGAGGUGUUGGUGAACGGCAUCAACCUCAGCCAAUUGCCAGUCAAGGCGUGGCGUAGGAUGAUCGGCUAUGUUGGCCAAGAGCCUGUCCUCUUCGCAACCACGGUCAUGCAGAACCUGAAGGGCGGCGACCGCUCCAUCACUGACGAGCAGGUCCACGAGGCUGCCAAGGCGGCGCAAAUCUAUGACACCCUGAUGAACCUGCCGGAGCAGUUCGACACUUUCGUCGGUACGGGAGGCGGACUGCUGUCCGGCGGCCAGCGCCAGCGCGUUGCAAUUGCUCGCGCUUUGGCCAAGAGCCCACAGAUCCUGCUGCUGGACGAGGCCACCUCGGCCUUGGACAACGAGUCGGAGCGCCUGGUGGAGGCAACCCUUGACUCCCUGAAUACCAUCAUGGGCCGCAGCAUCACCACCAUCUCCAUUGCCCACAGGCUGACCACCAUCAAGAACUCGGACGUGAUCUACGUGCUCAAGGAGGGCCGCUGCUGCGAGCAGGGCUCUCAUGAGGAGCUCAUGGAGAGGCAAGGCGAGUACUUUGGCAUGGCCAAGCUGCAGCAAGCAAAGGCCGAGGAGCCCGAAGAGGAGCAUGAGGAGACUCCGAUCAUGACGCCCCCGCCGAGAAGUGACACGCGCAAGCUGAGCAUGGCCAAGUCGAUGAACUUGCGGCGCAGCAGCACCGCGCUGAGCUUCAUCGAGUCUGCGCUGGUCCUGGAUGAAAGCCGGCAGCACCUCGAGCUACAUGGCUGCAUCCUGUAA